AUGGCGUUAGAAAACGAGCAAGUACAGCACCUAGAGCAUCUGGCGCAACACGGGCAGCAAAGCCCUGAGAGCCCACGCAACCUGGACAAUGGCAGCGAGGUCUCGGUGCAAGAUUCCGAUGAUGCUCUAAGACACGAGAUAGCAGCACCAUCCACUACUCCUUCCUACGAGACCGUACCCGGACCGCGACCCCUCUUGUCCACCAGCGACGACAAUGCCUCCGAGACGUCGAACUCCUCCGACGCUUCCUCGGAAGAGGCAGCGUCCCCGAGCGUCUCAGUCCCGCCCUACUGGUCGCACACGAGCACCCAACCGCAAAGCCAACUACAUCCCCACGGUCCGCGGCACACACGGGCCGUUUCCAACGCCUCGGCUGAGUCGGUGCUGCCACCAGGCGCCAUUACCCUACAAGACAACGAGCGCGAUGACGACGACGUUGCGUACGCUGGCAGGCGCAGCAAUAGCAGUGAAAUAUACGGGCGGGACCGCAACCGGGCGUGCUGGGCGCGCAGCGUUCAGGUGACGGAUUUCGUGAUGGUCAACGGCAGCACGACGAAUAUCGGGGCGUUUAUAGUGUGGAAUAUCAAGGUUGAGACAUUGAAUGUGUGUAUGCGCCCGACCCACGCGCAGAGAAAGCGCGACGCCAAAGAACGCAUGAUACUAACUGCGGUGCCCAAGGGUUCUCGCAUGAAUAUCCGCAAGCGCUACUCCGAGUUCGACGACCUCCGCAAGCGGCUCAUCCUGACCUUCCCCAACUUCGAGGCGGCUGUGCCGGCGCUGCCGCCCAAGAGCGUCUUAAAGCGCUUCCAUCCCCGAUUCCUCGAGAAGAGACGGGCCGGCCUACAGUAUUUUCUCAACUGUAUUCUCCUCAACCCCGAGUUUUCAGGCUCGCCUGUCCUGAAGGAAUUUCUCUUUUCAUGA